AUGAGUAUUGAUCAACUUAUGGGAUCUCUUCAAGCCCAUGAAGAAAGGCUCAACAAGAAGAAGCAAGAGCCAAUGGAGCAAGUUCUAGCUACAAAACUCUUUGUCAAAGAGAAGGAAGAAGAGCAAGAAAGGAGUCAAAGAGGACAACGACAAGGACACGGUCGUGGCCGUGGCAGAAGAAGAGGAAGAGGCCCACGUAAUUGGAACAAUUAUGAAGAAAGAUGUCAAGCAUCAAGAGGACGAGGACGAGAAAAUAAUUGGAAGCAAUAUGGAAGAAGGUAUGAUAAAUCUCAAGUUAAAUGUUAUAAUUGCCAAAAAUAUGGUCAUUAUGCUUGGGAAUGUAGAAGUGAUGCUAACAAUGUUGAAGAGGAAGCCAAUUAUGUUGAAAACAAGGAAGCGGGGUCUACUUUGUUGCUUGCUUAUAAAGGAGAAGAAAGAGGAGAGAAGAACUCAUGGUAUCUUGACAACGCGGCAAGCAACCAUAUAUGUGGAUACAAAAACAAGUUUGUCGAGCUUGAUGAAUCGGUGAGCGGGAAUGUUACUUUUGGAGACUUGUCAAAAGUUCCAAUAAAAGGAAAAUAUUAUGAGCCAAUAGGUUUUGAAGAAGCGGUGAAAGAUGAAAAUUGA